AUGUAUAUCGAGGAGGUUCUGUUUACUCCACCAGGUGGCGAGAACACAAAAAAAUAUCGGCAAGUGCUAAGGCUACAACAACAACAGCAAAAACUAAAGAGAAAUCUAUUGCUUCUGGUAAAGAAACAACGUGUUGAAAACACAAAAAGAGCAACUACUGAGGCUGGAACAACAAAUAAAGGGGCAACCACUGCUUCUCCAGGCAAACCAACUGGGCGACAGACAACUCUUGGUACAACUAAACAGACAACUCAGGAGACAACUGUUCGACCCACGACAGGUCCUUCCACUCAACAACCUACAACCACUACAGAACCUACAACUACGAAGCCACCCUCAACAACUGCAAAACCUACAACUACGAAGCCACCCUUAACAACUGCAAAACCUACAACUCAGGUGACAACUCCUGUUACCACUCGAAAGACGACUGGUCAAACAACGGCAGCUCCGACGACUAAAGCUCCUCCGACCACUAAAGCACCAACAACUACCGCAUUACUGACCACACAGGCACCCGCGACCAUCGUCCCCAGUGACAAGACUUUCUUAGAGUGCGGUGUAGCUAUAGUUGGAGGAGGUAAGAAUUAG